AUGAAAAACAACCCUGACUUAGAGAAAGACUAUAUAUUUAAUAAUUUAGUCAAAAGAGACAAACAAGAAAGAAUGCCCGGCUUCAAACUUCAGAAAGGUGACAAAGUAAAAAUAGAAAUACCUAAACGCGACCCAUAUGAAAAUACUAUUGACUAUGACAACAAUGGGAACUCGACAGGUACUCACAUUCGUGUUCGUAAAAAUAGAAGAAAGUAUACAAGAGAAUAUUAUGAAGUUUUAGGCAAACAUGGCAAAAUGUACACACUGCAAGCAGAAGAUAAAACUACUAUUGUCAGACCUCGUUUCAAACUUGUCAAAGUUCAAGGUGGUAUACUUUCAAAGACAGUUCCUAACAAAUAUAAGACAACUCCUGACGAAUAUGCUAAAGAAGUUGAAAAUGACGACUAA